AUGGCGGCGGGCAGCUCGGGCACCGGCAUGGGCUGGCGAGGCUCCCAUGGAUGGCCCUCAGAUCGCUCACAGCAUUGUCCCAGGGCUUCCUCGGCCUGUGCCAGCGCAGCAUUCACCAUCCCCUCCCUGAAACAGCGGUCCCCGAAGUGCUCCACAGGCAGGGCCGAGCUGGGCAAGGGGGAGCCCAGCCCCUGCACGGGCCGCCCUGAGCGGCGGAGACGCAGGAAGAGCUCUCCGUCUCCACCAGCCCCUACCCCAGAUGCGGGACCUCAGACCAGCGAGGACCUGGAGCCCCCGCCCCACGGUUGCCAGGAGGCGGACAGGGGCAGCUCCUGGGGGGCUACCGCCCCGAGGCCAUUCCGCCAGAACUUGAGCGACCUGGGAAGGCGCAGUGCCCUGCCCUUGAAGAGGAACCUGUGUCCUGGAGGCAGCAGCCUGGGAGCUCCUCCUCCGAGGACACGGCAGAGGCGAGUGACUCUGGCGGCGCAGGGCUGGCUUUCCCGUCCACGGAGGAGAGCUGUGGGGCUGGGUGAGCUGGACCAGGAAGCACGGCUGGCUGCUCUCGGCCUCCGAUGGGGAGUGGACAGCUUAGGGGGUUGCCGCCGUGCCAGCCGGCCUGCUAGCCACUCUGGGCUUCAUCACAGCCUCACCUGCCUGCGCAGGCACCUAGCACUGCAGGCUGGAGCUUCUGGCCAUGCUGGUCAACUUCCCCAACGAGCCUCUGCUGCCUGGGAACAGCAAGGCCAGAGCUACACCGCCCUGCACUUGGCAGCCAUGUACCUUGGAGAUGGUGAAGCUGCUAGUGGGGACAUAGGACGCCGAUGUGGAUAUCAGGGACUACAUUGGGAAAAGGGCCUCCCAGCAUGUGAGUCAGAGCAUCACAGAAGAGAUUGAGACCCUGAUGGGAGUCCUGGACAAGGACGAUGGGGAGAGCACCGCCAGCAGCGGGGGUGGGUACUGGAAGAUUUAAAAGCUGCCCCCUCCAUCUCACCACCUACAAACUCUCACACGUCCUGGAAGAUGGGUGGACCCUCUCCACCAUCACCACUUGGCUGAAGGUGGUCCAGACGUGAAGCCAAGGAUUCCAGGGCGCACAGCCUCGGGCAGGACUAAUGGACUUAAAAAACACAGGCUCAACAAAAUCCACUUCACAACCCAGAUGGUUCACAUCACACCCUCUUUCAGGGACCCAGAGCAACCACUGGAAGAGAAGGAGUAGGAACACUCUCUUAAAGGCCACUUAUCCUAUUCCUUCAAAUUAAGACCAAAGUCCAAUGUAUUUAGGUAAAAAAUAAUUUCUUUUAGAAAAUGCUAAGGUUUGUCUUCUGAAAUUUAAUAACAGAAACAAAAAAAGAACAUUAGACGUCAGGAAGUGAGACCAGAAAAGACAAACUAAACUAUCCUUACUAGGUUGGAAUGGAUGGGGUGGAGUUCCCAUCAGGCUAGCA